AUGCAGUUCAAAUUAUUAUUGCCUUUUUAUCUAUUUAUAGUUGUGUUAGGUCUAGAUACUACAACCAUUACAUCAUAUGUUGAAUCUACGUCAACUAUUUGCCCUUCAUGUAAUGUAUCUACUGUUGGCACAACUACUGAAGCAGCAUUAGUGUGUUCAAGAGAUAUUACAAGUACUGUGGUAAUUACAUCUGUCGUUACUUCAACCUCAGUUAAAACGGACACAGAAACAGAAACAGAAACAGAAACAGAAACAGUUCCGGCUACCAUGGUCAAAACUGUUACUGUCACCAAUACGGAAAAUAUACAAGCAACAAGUACUCAAUUCGUGGCAAGCACAUCAGUGGUUGUUUCAACUUCGACUAAUGUUGUGUCAGAAACAAAAACUUAUAGCGAACUAACUACUGUUUAUGAAACCGAAGUAAGAUAUCAAACAAGCAACGUUGAACUUGACUUUACUAAUAUCAAUUCCGAAACUGUGCUACUUACGUCAACUAUAUUAACAACAUUAACUUCCACUGUGACCGAUACGACAACAACUGCAAUCGCUGGUGUAUGCACUAGUAAAGUAACAGAAACUGUAACAGAUAUGCAGUAUUUGAAUGUUACCAAUAGUGUUGAAGUCAAAGGUACUCUUCAACUUACUGAAUAUUUUGUCUCAUCCGCAUUAAUUGAAAUGACGUUAAACAACACUCCUUCGGUUUUAACAAAGCAUGUUACUGAUACUGUCACAUUGGUCUUGAGCUCAAUUGUUCAAGAACCCACAUACCUAACUGAAUAUAUUACUAUUAACGGAAACUGUACAUAUCAAACUACAGAGACCACCACGGUAAAUGAUAUCGAUUCCUCUACUGUUUAUACAACAGAAACAUUGAAUUUUAGUUCAACAGCUGCGAAAGAUAUCACGAAGGUUACUGAGAUGACAAAACUGUCAACAAUUGCAGCAACAGUCACAACCGAAGCAACAGUUACAACCGAGGCAACUAAAGAUAGCAUUCUGAAUACUAUUUCUACUAAUACCGUGUCCUCCAAUACAGUUGAAGGAAAGUUGUCCUCAAAAGAAACUGAAAAUGUAAACUCUACUUACUAUUCUGAAACUACCGCAUCAGUUAAAGUCACACAAUCGAGUUCAAGCAAUACCAAGACGGAGAUGCCAUCAAUAUUGGUACAAACAAGUCAUAGCAUAAGCACAACCCCAGUAAUAUCAGAAUAUAAGGGUGCUGCUUCGACCAUCACACACUUUCCAUUAACUGCCAUUUUAAUUUCUUUAUUAUUUAUCAUCUAA